CCUAAUCGGUAAUGUGUUUUCACUGGCCAAGCGAGGAUGGUCAAGAUGGCGAUUUGUCGAAUAAAACUUGUCGCGUUGGCAUUAUUUGCCGUCGUUUAUCCCACUUUCUGCUCAAAGUUCAAGGAAAAUGAUAAGGUGCCUGUCUACGUCAACAAGGUUGGCCCCUACUUCAAUCCACAUGAAACAUAUCACUAUUAUCAAUUACCUGUAUGCAGACCCAAUAAGAUUGAACACAAAAGUCUGACAUUAGGUGAAGUGUUGGAUGGUGAUAGGAUGGCCAUGUCGCUCUAUGACAUCAAAUUCAAACUUGAUGCAGCCAAGAAGGAAUUGUGUAAAACCACGUUAAGUAAUAAAGAUCUGGACACGAUUCGUGAGGCCAUUGAGGACCUGUACUAUUUUGAGUUUGUUGUUGAUGAUAUUCCUGUGAGAGGUUUCAUCGGUCACCUUGAAGAAAGUGGCUUCCUCCCUCAUAGUCAUAAAGUCCAUCUGUGGUCUCAUCUCCACUUCAAUAUAGAAUAUAACAAUGACCAGGUUAUCUUUGCCAAUGUGUCCACACGGGAGCAGGCCCCGCUCAGUCUUGAUGGUGUCACAGGUCCAUUUGAAAUCACUUUCACCUACAGCAUCAAGUGGAUUCCUACAACCAUGCCUUUUGCUCAGCGAGGCAAGAGGUUACGAGAUAACAGCUUCUUCCCCAAAACCCUUGAGAUCCACUGGCUUUCCAUCUUCAACUCGAUGGUACUAGUGUUCUUACUGAUGGGAUUCGUCACAAUUAUACUGACUAGAAUUUUGAAAAAUGAUUUUGCGCGUUACAACUUGGAUGAGGAAGAGUCCGAUGACCUUGACCAAGAUGAGAACGGAUGGAAGAUUAUCCACACAGAUGUGUUCAGGUUCCCACCACAGAAAAGUUUGUUCUGUGCUAUUCUAGGUUGUGGUAGUCAAUUCAUCUCCAUAGCAACCGGCAUUCUCCUCAUGGCGUUGCUAGGCAUGUUUAACGUCCAUCGUCAUGGCUCCAUCAAUACAGCCUCUAUCAUCUUAUAUGCCCUCACAUCAGGUUUGUCUGGUUACAUCUCUGCUAACAUGUAUAGGAAGAUGGGAGGAGAUAACUGGGUGUGGAACAUCAACUUGACCUCUUGUCUUUUUGCUCUGCCGUUUUUCAUUGUGUGGAGUUUAAUCAACAGUACCGCCUGGUACUACGGCUCAACCCAAGCCUUGCCUUGGACGACUGUCGUGUUGCUUAUGGCCAUCUGGAUAAUGUUUGGCUACCCAUUGACAGUGGUCGGAGGUAUCUUCGGCAAGAACUGGGCAAAUGGUUUUGAUGCACCGUGCCGAACCAAGAACAUUCCUCGUGAGAUCCCGUCGGUUCCCUUCUACAGAUCUGCAUUUGCCCAUUGUAUUGUUGGUGGAUUUCUGCCAUUCAGUGCAAUCUCCGUGGAGCUCUACUAUAUCUUUGCCACGCUGUGGGGACGAGAGCAGUACACUCUCUAUGGCAUCCUAUUCGUGGUCUUCGGCAUCCUGAUCAGCGUGACAGCUUGCAUCUCCAUCGCCCUGACCUACUUUCAGUUGUCUGCUGAAGACUACCGCUGGUGGUGGCGAUCAAUUUUCAGCGCAGGAUCAACUGGACUGUUCGUAUUCCUAUACGCCCUCUUUUAUUACUUCAAAAGAUCGAACAUGUCCGGGACGCUUCAAUCAUUCGAAUUCUUUGGUUAUACAAUGCUGGCGUGUUACGUGUUCUUUCUGAUGCUCGGAACUGUCUCAUUCUUCGCAUCAUUGAAAUUCGUGCGAUAUAUUUACGUGAAUAUAAAAAUGGACUAGGAGAUAUUUGCCAUUCGAUGAAGUGAUAUUGGUUUGAAAAAGUGAGUGAGGGCGACUUCAAUUUCUUGCAAAUGAACUCACUACAAAAGUGAAUGCUUGACUCUUAGGGAUCGUUCAGUGCCUCUUAAUGCUCCUCUGAGCGAGACAAAAGCAGGAGAUGACGCACUCCUAUAUCAUAGACGAGUUAUUUCAUUUCAUCAACUUGUGGGUAUCAAGACGCUGAAAGAAUCUCUAAGAGCCAAGCUUACUCUUUUUCUUUUGCAAGGAAGAUUUUCCCUUCUAUUUGCUGGGAAUCUUGCUGACAUAUUGUGGGUGUCAUUUGAACUCCAAUUUUGGGAUCUCGCUCUUUGACAGCAGAAAUUGAUGUCUAAAACCUGUGCCAACGAAAUAGGCUGCUUUGUACAUGCUUCCAGGGAUGGCGGCACUGAUGUCAUGGAAGGAACUGGUCCAAGGACGACGAGACAAAGGGGUACUCCUGGUGGAUCACCAACCUGGAAUGUUUUCAUGAUGUCAAAACCUCUGGGAAAUAUAACAUUGACAUCCACAAGAUGCAGUGCAAGCUGAAUAUAAUUUUUGUUACAAAGCUUAUCAUAUCUUAUAUAUACAGGAAUUGGAGGUUUAUAUUAUGUAGUUGUGAUACUCGGUCUCAGUUUGAGACUUCUGUCAACCUUGCCCCAGGUUUGCCAAAUGAGCCUGGGGUGAGGUCAUCUUCUGUUUGGUUUCUGUGAGUAGUUUCUGGUCUUGGGUGUUUUCGGUUCCGACAUCUCCAGCGGAUGGGUCUUUGAUGUUGCACGGCGGAAUACUUCUGAAAGCUCAGCAAUAACCCUCAAAUUCUUGUAGUAUUUCGUGAUUGUUUUGAUUCCUCAAUAUGAAAACUCACCGACUUUUAUACAAAGAUAUCUAGCAAUAAUCCCAGUGGGGACGCUGAGAAGAACACUUUACUGCUGGGAGUGAACAGAUUCAGUGAAAGGUUUGAAAGUUCAGUUAGGUUUAACUUCACACCCUCAACUGGGAAAACAUCACCCGAAAAUCUUAUUGACAAGCAUUAGAACCCUCAAGGUUUUGAAAAAAUGAUUCAUCAACUACAGCUGAAAGUCAGUGGAGGCUAUUACUGAAGUUGAACUUGGGUAGGACUAUAUUUGCCCGUUUUCAGAUCGGUGGCAUGGCUAAACUUCACAGGGUGUUUGAAUCGGCCUCUGCUGAAAACGAUGUGUUGCCCCUGAUGUAACGUGGUCUUUAGCAGAGGCUGACCCGAUAACUUGGCCUAGUUCAGACACUCCACUGCAAGGUCUGCUGAUCUGAAAGAUUGUUUAACUUCUGAAAUGCUCUCUGAAAAUGCUAUGGUAUUGACUUGAAUUUUUGAUCAUGUUGAAACUAUUGGUAUGAAAUAUGUGUAACGAACAAUUUGAUUAAUAUUUAUUUGGUGCAAUGAAUUAACUGGUAUGUGAAGUUUUUGGCAUAAUAUACUUGGCACUGUAAUCAUCCUUUAUACUUUUAAUCCUUGGUCUUUAUUGCUUUGGAAACAUUCUGACUGAAAUGAAGUUUGCUCACUUUUCACUCUAGUGCAGCACAUUUCUGUGGAAUUCCACAACCAUAUUCUAUUAGUUUUCCUGCGGUGUCAGCAACGUAACUUCUGUUGGUUCAAAUCUGUACUGCUGUGAACCUUCCAGUGUGUGUAAUUUUUUCCAGUGGAACAUGUCGGUUUAGACUCUAGUCAGGAAUAGGUCAGCGAGAAUAGAAAAAAGAUGACACAUUGUCCUACGUCUGGGAUCUAGCAGACUUUAUGUCAAGAAUGGUGUUGUUGGCAUCGUGGACCUCAAGAUAAUGGUGCGGCAUUGUGAUAGAUAUAGAUUUGGUGGGAUUAGAGGCUGAUGUCUUCGUGCCACCCUAUUGUCUGAUGGGCCUGUUCAUUAUAUUGGCAUCUGCUGUUAGAGAUUCUUUAGUACUGAAGCUGGGAAUGUAUGGGUACAUUGACUAUGAGAAUAGUAAAUCACAAUGGAUGUAUUGAUCUUUUGCAAUUGGUACCUUCUGGAAGGUAUAGUUUUGGCUGUGCUGGCCAUUAGUACUUAAGUGUAGAAAGAUGUUAGGCCUAAGCAUUCUAUUAUAAGGCAGUUUCUGGGCCUGAUAGAAUACUUGCAAAGACCUCCAUGUGAACCCUUAAUCUGCCUAUUCAGUAGGAUGACAAUGAUGAUUGUACUUUGUAGAUGUAAUAUGAAUAUUGGACAGGUUAGAGUCUUUUGAAUGUAGCUUGUUGAGCCUUACGGUCAAAGGUGGAGAACACUAUAUACUAAAACUAUCAGUCUUGUUGGAGGGAGGCUAUUGGCAGGGGCUAUGGGAACAGGUUGGUAUUGUUUGAUUCAGUGAUUGUUAUAUUCCUCAUACUAGUGUGAAUGGCUUCAAUGAAGUGUGAGAUAGCAGAGACCCCUAUCUAUGACAAUGUGUAUCUUAAUCUGUCCUUCCAGGCUUGUACCUAUAGUCUCCCUCUAAAGUCAUAAACUCUUUCUUCUCACUGUACAUAGUAACAUUAAUAAUAAACCACAUGGUUUCUUUAAA